CAUGACCUAUAUGGUCAAAGGCAUGCUUGACGAGCUAAGGGACGGACCAUUAGAAACGUUAUGGGGGGGGGGAGGAAUUUUCGAGCCGCAGGAAUUUUUUUUCGUUAUCAAAUUCCUUGUAAGAAUUUUUUUUUAGCCCAUAGCAUGAAUAUUUUUUAGGGUUACUUGGCGUGCACGAAUUUUUUUCAUUUCAUUUUUCCUUGCGCGAAUAUUUUUUUUGUACUUCUCUCGCCCCCCAAUAAGUUUUCUAAUGGUCCUUCCCUAAUUGGCUGCACAAAACAGAGCUGAUAAGCUGAAUGAUAAGGCAUGAUGAUGCAUUUAUUACGGUGCUGGUCUGUCAAAUAUGUCAACUUGCGGUUCACAAUAUUAGCUCGAUUUAUCAGUUUUAAAUUCCGGCUUAGUUUUGCCCUAUUUAGCCGAUGCUUCUCUGAUAGUGAGGUGGACUCUGUCACGAACAAGCUGUUAUUUCGAGAAACCUGAAAGGAAAGACAUAAAGCAGGUAACUGAAAUUUGCUGUUUUCACUUUUACUUUGUACAUAAGAAGGUGCAAAUUUUAUAUCAUGCACAAAACACAACACAAACACAACACAGCCAUGCAGAAUUUUACUCAACACACUCAUUCUAUCAUUUGUAAUGGCAGUUUCAUUCAUCAAAAACAUUUCCUUCAAAAGUUUAUUUGUCAAAAUGGGAAACUUAUUUAAUGUACUGAAAUGAUGACUUCAAAUUGUGAGAGAUUGUGUGCUUAUGAAUAAUUACCUUCAGAACCAUUUUCAUUAUUUGUAAACGUUCUCUGCAGACUGCAGAAAACCGCUUCGUUUUUUCCCUUUUAACUAAAAUAACAGUAUCCAGGGAAUGUAGGUGGGUUGUAAAUUUGCUUUCACGAACUUCAAACCUUCGUGGUUGGAAAUUUAACAUUUUAACUGCUUACGUUUUUUGACUGUCCCUCUUUAGUACAGGUUUUACAAUGAAGAAAUAAAAAGGACAUGAAAACCAUUGAAGUGUUUUCGUUAGAGCUUGUCAAAUUUGAACGAAAAACAUCCAUUCUUUAACAUUCUUUGCUCAUUUUCUUGCGAACCUUUUCGGUUUUGCAUAAGACGUAAAAGACUUAAAAUAUGUACAAGCUCUUUUCUGCCAAACAGCCUAGCAUUCAUUUUUAAUUAAUGAAUUCAAAUUUUUUAAAAUAAUUUGUAGUUUACAGCACUAAAUUGUUUUCUUGACCAGAAUAAUCCAGCUCAAAGUAUGAGUUUAAGUGUCAACGAAUCUUAAGUUUUGGUUUAAAAAAUCGUUUAAUAAACUAAGCUAAACUAGCUUGUUUCGGUUCCUAACAAGUGACAGGGGAAACUGACUGAUUUGUUCUUUAGCCAACAGUAAACAAAAUAUAGGCAAUUUCUUCCAAAUAAAAAUUGACUUCUGUAACUAUAAGAACUUCAGUGUAAACUUAGCAGGCAGGUUUUCGCUCUUUGCAUUUAGGAAAUAUCAGUAUUCUGAAAAUGCAAAAUUUUGGGGUGACAAAGGGUUAAAGUCUAGUCUGUAUACUCCAAAAAAAGUUGAAGUUUUCAACAUUAAAUAUUUAAAAAAUAUUUUGUAUUUUGGCCUUACAGUUUUGGAAGAGGUAAUUGUGCUAUGCCCUCUCAAUAUUCAGAUUUGGCAUUUUUAAUUUUGCAACUUGAUUAGAAAACAGGAAGCGAAAGCUAACGAGAAGAAAACUGUAAACAAUGAUUAACCCGGAGAAUCGUGUCUUCGCAAUUACCCCCCUAGUUGGAGACUGACUGGGUUUACCCUUUGCAAAAUCACUCCCAUUUACAGAAAUAUAAUCUAAGUGGCUGUGAGGCACAAAACUCGGAAAAAAUUAUGUUGUUUGCAAAAUCGUAAUAUAUGUCAUUGGUCCUUGGUUAGUCGGAUAAUGUUACCUGUUUACCAGAUAUUUAAAAUUUAAAGCUCAUAAAGAAAUAUCAUUCAUCUUUUUUCUUCACCUUUUUUUUUUUUUUUUUUUUUUUUUUUUUUUUUUUUGCUGACGUCCAUGUUACGCUUUUGACGAAAUAAUGUCAAUGUUGAAAAAUCUUAAAGGCACAUAGAAUCAACUGUGGUUGUUUUGUGUCCUCAAUGUAAUAUUUAGACAAAAUACUUUGCUUGUUAUUCUUCUGUAAACAUGGUUAUCGUAGUAAACAACAGCUGGUAAGUCAUUGAUUGCCUGAAAACAGAAGUUUAGGAAUGUUCGUAUUUUUACGUCAGGAUUUGUUCAGUGGCAGACGUCCAGUAAAAUAAUGCAGUUUGUACAAUAAACCGAAUUUCCCUGUCAAGUUUUCUUUAUUUUUUAAGUAAUAUGUAUCAAGAAUGAGACGCAGUGAUUCAUCACCAGAUGAAACACCAAGAAGGGAGUUGAAAAUACGACGCGCCGCGGAGUAUUUUUGACGAACUUCGAGAUGUUUCAUUUGGUGAUGAAACACUGUGUCCAGUGCUUGACAUUACUUCUCAAACGACAGGAUUUUAGAAGGAAAAAUUAAGGACGCAAAAAUUAGCAGUUUCCAUCUGAUUUCCAAACACUCAUUAAACAUUAAUUUUCCUUCUGUUUUCUUUAUGAAUUAUUAAAGAGUUUGAGAAGAGAUAUUCAAUGGAGCGCCGAGUUUGGAUGCCCCUUGUAUUCCCAGUUCUCCCCUGGAUACUUAACAAUUAUUCCUCGAGCCUGAAUGGGCUCUGAGUCAAUAGCCCAACAAUAGCCCAUGCAUGAGGCCGAAGGCCGAAUGGGCUAUUGACUCAGAGGCCAUGAGUAGAAUAAUUGUUUUAGUAAAAUCCAACUACUGUAGUUGGUCAAAAAUAUCGAGACAAAACAACUUUAGCUAGCAAAACGCAAUUCAGCCGCCAUUGUUUUGGUUUUCAAAGCCGGCGCUUUCCUCUACUGGUGGCAUACAACAUAUAGCCUAGCAGUAGCUCAACCAAUCAGAACGCAGCAUUGAUAGUAGCGCGCUAGUUGGAUUUUACUAAUAGAACAAAGAACGUCUUUUAAUGACUUCAAUGAACUCGUUUAACCCUUUGCGUAUAUUUUUCUAUCUACCAGGAACUGUUUCACGCAACAAAAAUGAACUACACGUUAGAGAACCAACUGGCAGAAAUGUUAAAAGAGUUUCAAUCAAGAAGCCAAGUCAAAGCUGCUUUGGUAUUAGGUUUAUACGUGCUUAUUUUGUUGCUUUUGUUUCUUGGGAACAGUCUUACACUCCUUGUUAUGUUGUUAAAUCGACGGAUGAGGACAAUUCCAAACAUCUUCGUAGCAUCACUCGCUGUUUCGGACGUAUUAUUAGGCCUUUGCAGUUUGGUGCCUUUUGGCAUUCCAGUAUUAGUGACUUCCCAUUGGCUGUUUAACGAUACAGCUUGCCAAUUUCAAGGUUACAUUACUGUCGCGUUGGUUGUCGCUUCAAUUCAUACAUUGGUCUUAAUGGCAGUGAACAGAUAUUAUAGAAUCGUCAAACCAGCAAAGUACCAACGCUACUUCACAAAGAAGAAAACCCUCAUCAUGAUUCUUGUGUCAUGGUUCUCUUCUUUUUGUGCUCCAUUGCCUCACGUGCUAAGCGGAGCAAAAAUAGUCUUUCAUCCUGCCAAGUUCUUCUGUUACUUUGUCAUAGAAAAAAGGGCAUCCCUACAUUAUGGUCAUCCACUUUACAUAGGUGUCCCAACCUGUGUUAUUAUUUACUGCUACUUAAGAAUCUUCUCAACAGUUCGCAAUCACAACAGAAAUGUUCAUCUUCCAGGCAAUCCUAUGAGCUUGGUCAACGUAGAAGACGUUAAAGUGGCUCGCACCAUAUUUUUAGUAGUAGUGUUUUUUAAUCUUUGUUGGAUUCCAAUCUUAACAGUUAACGUUUUGGACGAUGUAUUCCAAAGAUGGAUCUUCCCUACUGAGGUCUACAUUUUAAAUUCGUUUUUGGGCACUUUAAGCAGCGCGGUGAAUCCUUUACUUUACGGCGUGAUGAACAAGAGUUUUCGUACGAAUUAUUUGAAGCUGUUACGCUGCACGUACUGCCGAUCUCAAGUUGUUGUAGGACCAUUGGCUCAAUAAGGACAAGCGAAUACGAUGACUUUCGCUUAAAAAUAUACAGUUGGAAGUGAAUUACUUAAUAAUUUAGGUUGUGUCUGACAUUUGAAAGCUGAAAAACCGUAUUUUCUCUCUUGACGGCAUUGGCUUUCAAAUCCUCACCGGGUCGAGUACCGCACGCUCACAGGCAAUCAAUAGUUGACUUACGGUAAAUAUGGGAACAAAUCAGGUAAUUAGGGGCCAUGACAGGACUUGAACACGGGAUCUCAGAAUAUAUGUCCAGCACUCUUACCUCUUAACCUUUUGACGUUGGCCAUUCAUUACCAAUAAGAUACUGCUAAACGAGCUAUAUGAUCGUAAGUUUAAUCACACCAAAAAGACCUAACUACGCGCUUCUGCAUCAGGGAGUGGUUCGAGUGUGCCUAAUAAUGAAGUCUAUUCUGCAUGAAUUGGGUACUAGAUCUUUGUUCAGCAAACGUAAGCUUACUAGCUGUGCUCGUGGUACAGCUUGCUCAGGUAUGACCAUUGGUUGAAUGAAUGGAAGCUAACACUCGGAAAACCAGUUCCAGAAAUUCGGGCGUCAGCGACUUCAAAGGCUUGACACGAUUUAGGCAGACUCUCCUCUUGUCCUCUCACUCAACAAGACAAAAGAAGGCUUUGCCGGCAGGUUGACCAGGGGAUUAGUAAUAAGCCAUCAUACCCCAAAUGCCGAUUUUGCCAGUAGUACAUGCUUGCUGCUUCGAUCCACACAAUGGCCUUGAUGGCGCUGAACAGGUUUUAUAGAAUCCUAAAACUAGUAAAUUACCGCGGCUAUUUUAUUACCAGGAAGAAAACUCUACUGAUGAUUCUUGUGUCGUGGCCUUAUUCAUGCCCGUCAUUGCCAUAUUUUCUGGCUGGGAACAGAAUGGUUCCGUCAUCAUCCAAUCAAAAACAGUGCUGGCAUUCAUUACCUAUAUGGUCAACCAUUUUAUCUUGUGUUUCCAAACUGCACCAUCUUCUAUUUCCAUCUUAGAAUCUAAAAAAACCGUUCGUAGUCUUAAUAACAACUUUUUAGCGUGGAGCUAACCUGCUGAGGUUUCCAUAUUGGCAUAUCAUUUUUGAUCAUUUUAAACAGCUCUUUGAAUCCUCUGAUGCGACUUGAUAAAAGGAAAGUUUUCCUAAGAAUUAUUUGAAGGUGCAACGCUGCACGUAGUGAGCAUUACGUAUAUAUUAGCCAAUAACUAAUGCAAGCUACGUGUAAGAAACAACAAGUAAUCAACUUUUGAUGUCUUACAAAAUAGAGAGAGGGGUCCAGAGUUAUGGAUAUGUUUCGAAAUAUUUCUCAUUUGACGACAGCGUCUCAAUUUUGUCGCCGAUUGUAGUUAAACGUUUUGCGCUCGACACUUUGCUUGAGGUUAAAGUCGCAAAAGAUAAAUCUCUAGAUAGCCCAGCUAAGACGCGAAGGCUUGUUUGACGAACUAAUUUUGUUUUGAACAGAACAGCUGCACAAAACAGAGCUGAUUGGACAGACUGGAUGAUAACCUUAAUUAUCAGCUGGCCCAUAGAAAGAUGAUAAGGCAUGGUGAUGCAUUUAUUACGGUUCGGGUCUGUCAAAUACGUCAACCUGCGGUUGACGAUAUUAGCUCUAUCAGUUUGAUUCCGGCUUAUAGUUUUGCCCUACUUAGCCGGUGCUUCUUUCAUAGUGGGGUGGACUCUGUCAUUAACAAGCUGUUGUUUAGAAAAACCUGAAAGGACAGAGAUAAAGCAGGUAACUGGAAUUUGCUUUUUUCAUUUUUCCUUUGUACAUAAUACUGGUGCAAAUUUUAUACCAUGCACAAAACACAGCAUGCAUUGGGCCUCAACGUAAAAAGUCAGAAUUUUACUCCACACAUUUUCAUACUAUCAUUUGUGAUGGCAGUUUCAUUAAUCAUUCCUUUAAAAGUUUAAUUUUGAAAAUCGGAAUCUACGAGUUUGAUUUACUGAAAUGAUGUGUUAAAAUUGUGAGGGAUUGUGCACUUAUGAGCUAGUACCUUCAGAACCUUUUUCUUCAUUUGUAAACAUUUUCUGCAUAAUACAGAAAACCGCUUCGUUAUUUUCCUUUUAACUUGAAGAAUACCAUUUAACAAAGAAUUUAGGUGGGUUGUUAAUUUGCUUUCAGGAAUUUCUUCAAACCGUCGUGGUUGGAAAUUUAACAUUCUUCGUUCUAACAUUUUUUGACUGUCCAUCUUUAAGUACAGGUAUUACAAUAAAAAAAGAAGAAAAGAAAAACUUGAAGGGUCAAAUAUUUAAACGUAAUUUAGCCAGUGUUUAAGGUGGCUCGACUGGAUAUUUUGGGGUUGAUACCUCCCAAGUUUGAGCAUUAACUACGUCGGCAUGAGUGAAGAUAUGGAAAAAAGGUUACCACAACUCUAUUAUAUAAAGAUGAAAAUUGUUUAUGAUCUGGGUUUUAUUGCAAUCGGAGUCGCCAUGGCAACGUAAUGACGCCAUUACGUUUUUCAUUUAUUGUUGUGUUUCUCUGUACCAGGAGUUUUUUGAAGAAAUCGCUUGAGGGAGUAUGUACCUGCCAUAAUUGCCUCCAUUAUGGCAAGGUUUGAAGAAAUUCUAUGAGAGCGUUUUCGAGAUAUUUCGAAAUGCAGUUUUAAGAAUCAUCAAAGCAGUGAAAUAGCAUGCUAGCCGCUCAAGUCGCUAAUAGUUUAAGAAAAUGAUAAGCUUUGGGAACGCGGCUUCAUCUCAUAGUGGUUUGAUUCCAUUGAAAACUGCAUACAAAAAAAGAGGGGUAUUGCUCUGGGCGAUCGCGAGUAACAGGAAUUUUAUUAACUUGCAUUCGGCUGCUUUUGAUACAGUUUUUGGAGGUAAUUUGGUCCAUGCCUAAAAAUUUCGCAUUGUUCCAAAAACCGCUCGAUAAAUUUUUUUAUAAAUUCGACAAUUCCGAGAUCAAUCAUCAAGAAAUAUUCCCUGCAAGUUUCAAGAACAUUGAAAACAGGGAAGGCUUUUAAAUAUGGACUCAAACAUAACCAAUUUUCCCCCCAGAUUUUGUGUUUACAAGUGAGCGUCCUCAUUAUUCACUGGCAUUGUUUUCAAGUUUCAUAUGUACGUGCACAACUAGCAAAAGAUAUAAAUUUGCAUCAAAAAGAACUCUCGAUUACUUUCCGAAGAAAUAUCCGGUAUAUGCUAAUAAUUGGCUUGUCGUCACAGAUAGCAGUGAGAGCCGAAACGGUGAACGUCACGGCUCAUCGUGUAGGAUGCAAUACUUAAUUAUCUUAAUCGGGUUAUAACAUCACAGAAACUCUCACAAAGAGUUGCUCUGAUGUUAUAAUGUAUCACUUACCUCUUUACCCGGUAAUUAGCAUAUCCCGGAGAUUUAACCGAGUGUCCUUUUUGAUGCAAAUUCUAUCUUUUUGCUAAAUGUGCACGUGUAUAUGAAGCUUGAAAACAAUGCCAGUGAAUAAUGAGGACGCUCGCAAGUAAACACAAAAUCUGGGGGAAAAAUUGGCUAUAUUUGAUGCCCUAUUUAAAAGCCUUCCCUGUUUUCAAUGUUCUUAAAACUUGCAGAGAAUAUUUCUUGACUAUUGAUCUCGGAAUUGUCGAAUUUAUAAAAAAAUUUAUCGAGCGGUUUUUGGAAAAAUACGGAAGUUUUAGGCAUAGACCAAAUUACCUCUAAAAACUGUAUCAAAAGCAUCUGAAUGCAAGUUAAUAAAAUCCUUCUUAAUCGCGAUCGCCCAGAGCAAUUCCCCUCUUUUUUUGUAUGCAGUUUUCAAUGGAAUCAAACCAAUAUGAGAUGAAGCCGCGUUCCCAAAGCUUAUCAUUUUCUUAGAGUAUUAGCGAAUUGUGCGGCUAGCAUGCUAUUUCACUGUUUUUAUGAUUCUUAAAACUGCAUUUCGAAAUAUCUCGAAAACGCUGUCAUAGAAUUUCUUCAAACUUUGCCAUAAUGGAGGCAAUUAUGGCAGGUACAUACUCCCUUAAGCGAUUUCUUCAAAAAACUCCUGGUACAGAGAAACACAACAAUAAAUGAAAAACGUAAUGGCGUCAUUACGUUGCCAUGGCGACUCUGAUUGCAAUAAAACCCAGAUCAUAAGAAAUUUUCAUCUUUAUGUAAUACAGUUGUGGUAACGUUUUUUCCAUAUCUUUACUCAUGCCGACGUAGUUAAGGCUCAAACUUGGGAGGUAUCCCCCUAAAAAAAUCCAGUCGAACCACCUUAAUAAAACCGCGCUUUAACUCAUUUUCAAUUUGCCCAACGAUUUUAUCUAAACAUCAUUUAUUGUGAACAGUUUUAUGAAAGCAUAUAGAAUGAGAAGACUAGAAAAGCAUUUAUCUUCUUGUAACAACCCACCAAAGAAGAGAUCUGGAAGUUCAAAGAUUCGUUUAAACCGCGGCUUAAGUUAGACUUCGUUUAAAUAUUUGGCCCCAAGUUUUUUAGUUAGAGUUUGACAAAGUUAAACGAGGAAAUGUUCUUUACAUUCUUUGCUCAUUUUCCUGCACGUCUUUAUGGUUUUGAAUAACAAGUAAAUGUUUAAAAUAUAUUAGUUCUCUUUUGCCAAACAGUUAGUUGAAUGAUUUUUAAUAAUUUAUAACUUAUAAAGGUAAAUUUGCCGACCUGUUUUCUUGACCCAGAGUAUGACUUUAAAAGUAAACGAAUCUUAAGGUUUUAGUUUAUAAAACGUUUUAAUAAUAAACCGGUAUUGUUUUGGUUCCUGUGAGUGGCAAGGGGAAACUGAAUGGUUCUUUAGCGAAACGGUAAACAAAAUUCCGGUGUGGGAAAUAAGUAACAAAAAUAGAUUCAUCACGGUUUUGUGCAACUAAAAUAGUUUGUUAAACUCAGUAGCAGCCUGCGCAGUUUUUCGCUUUUUGCAUUUAAUAGUUAAGGACAUAUCAGCCGUUAGAAAAUGCAAAAUUUUGGGGUGGCGAAGGGUUAUUCAAAUUACAAUAAAUUCGUAAAAAUUUUGAGUUCAUCCAGACUCUAUCCAGACUCUAAGAUAAAAGAGGGACCUUCAUCAAAAUUGACUUUGGCUUCAGUUUGAGGGCUUCAGUUUGGCUUAACAAUAAGGUGGGGUCCCCUUUCCCUGCGUCCGUCUCCGUCCCCUUGAUCCGCCACUGUGUAUCCAUAUAACAGACACGUAACACCAUUUAGUAUUUACCAAAUCAGUGAAUAGCACUUUUCGCGCGUUUUGAUUGGCUCCGGUAACUCGGAAUGUCCUUGGCUAUUCACUGUUUUGCGACCGGAGCCAAGAUGGUGUCUCGUUCAGAGACAUUUUCGAAAGACAAAGUUUGAGCGAUAAAUGAAGCAGUCGUACAAACAAAUACCAAGAAAGCGACGACCUUUGGCUUGUCAGUGCUGACUGGUAGUUUAAUGUUUUUCUUUCUUAAUUUGCGACAAAAUCGUAAAGAUGCACUUGAAAAAAUCCCCGAAAUGUUGUCCAUUAUAAACAAAGUUCCUACCAUUCUCGUCCCCAGAGCCACUCGGCUUAAUAUGUAACCGACCAGUGGCUCUGGACGCAACGGAAAAUACGAAUUUUCUCAUUGGCUGAAGGCAAUUGAAUGCGCAAAGCAAAUUAAAAAUAUAAUCUACUGCGCAUAACAUUUUACUUCGUACCCUCUCGACCUGCAAACAUAAAAUCCGUGUCUGAGUUUCGUUGACUGCGACAAUCCUGUUUUGUUUAUAUGCAACAGCAGUGAAAAAGAGAAUUGCAGGUAAAGUUUGAGAAGUUUCUACGAAGACAACGAGCCUUGACAAAGAAAGUAUUGCCUUCGUUGAGCCCUAAACUUUGCCCCUGUCUCGACCGUCGCAUCUCCUGGGAAACUGAAAGGAGGAAUAAUGGUCAGUUCGCUCCUGCUGUUGCGCCUUGCUCGUUAAAAAUCAAGCGAUUGAUACUGUACUUUUAUGGCGUUAUUAAUUAGUCUAAUCAGUUUUUCUAAUUCCUCUGGAUAUUCGUCGGUACUACAGUGGGAAAGGAAAUCAAGCUCCGACUAUUUAAUUACAGAAGUGAUAUGUACGUUAAGUUUAUUGCAGUGUGCUUUUAAUUUAUUGUAUCUUCUGCUGAAAUUACCUCUCCUUUGCUAUACUAAGGUCAAGAUAAUAUUUUGUUAUAUGCCUUUAUUUCAUUAGACCACUGAUGGCAGUGCACAAAGCCAGAACUGAAUUGCUUAUUAAUCAUUUUGGGCUGCAUGCAAAAGGCGAUGAUAGAGCAAGUACUCUUUUCAAUCUACGUCUUCUUCCGCUUAAUUAAUGCUUAAAUCAUGCUUAGAUAAUUCGGAAACCUGCUUUUAGUUUUUAUUUUAACAGUAAGAAUUGGGCUGUGAAAGGAAAGGCUAUGUGGCCCACUUGCUACAAAUGUUUUGCAAGAAGAUAUUCUCAUCCUAACAGUCCUUGCUUGGCUUCCAGUCGUGUGGCAUUUAGACAAAGAUAAACAAGGGGCUCUGGGGUUAAUUAUAACUGAUGAACAGUUAACAAAGAAGCAGCUUUUGCACAAUUCUUCUUGAUAAAUAAUUAUGUUAUCUGAUCACUACAUAGGGUAGCACAAUGUUCUCAACCUUUUUGGUUUAAGAAUUCUAAAAUACAAGAAAACUUAACGGUGUAUAAUUAGGCAUACAGUAUGUGAAAAUUGGUUCUAGAUUUUUUGAUGAUGUUAGGGACAACUGAGGUGUUAAUAAAUACAAUGAUAAAUGAACAACAGCCUAGAGUAGUCUAUUUUGCAUCAUACAGGGGUAAGUGGUUGUUGAUGAUAACAACUGGAUUUUGCAGUAUGUCACCUUUGAUAGGGACUGGAUAACAUUAUAGCUUGAUCAAGAGUAAUAUCAUAGUUUACUUGCCAAUCCUAACCACACCUGCUCUCCACUCCUCCUUGAGCUUGCAUACAGCAAUGGCUUACUGAAGGAUAGGGCAUCUUAGUUUACUUGGUUAUUGACAAAUAAUGAUGAGCCAAAUUAAAACUUUCUUCCACUGGUCAAUGAUUCAGUUCUGGUUAAGCCUUUUUCACAGUUGGAGGCCUCAUGUUAUAACAAAAAUUAAUGAAUUGAGGGUGGGGAUUGGGGGUGGGGCACCACCCCACAAAAAUCAGUUCAGAUUCACCCCGCAGUAUGCUUCUUGCCUUGCCAAAUUUUGACCAAACUAUGUGAUUUUCACUAUCCUAUUUCAGGCCUGAUCCAAAGUUCUAUCCCCAAUUUCAAACCUUGCAGGUCUUGCACCCCAGUCUCAAAACAUGAUGAGAGCAGCUACCCAAGAAAAUGCUUUUGGGUUGUGUGUUAAUCAAAGUGUACUUCUUAACGGGGGGAUCUCUUAAAGCAUACAGUGCAUAUACAGUGCGUAUAUCACUUUACAUUUCACUUUUCCAGAUAAGAAAGUACAGCUAUAUAGCUUAUGAUAUCCCGCUCUAGGCAUUCAGAUAGUGAGAGGUAAGUAGUUUUUUUUUUAGUUUUGUUCUCUUUGCACCUUCCCCAAUACCUGAAUGUCUGGCACAGGCUACCAUAAACUACUGCUUUUAAGCCUCUCCCCCCCAACUUAUAGGCCCCCCAGUUAUAUAUAAGCCCAUUUACCAGUUAACAAGAAAAAAUGUCCCCCUGGUUAUAAGCCCUCCCCUAAGAAAAAAAGAACCUUUAAACCCCUUACAAAGAUGUGUAACCGAUGAGCUCAUAAGUGGUACUUUAAAACAGGUUUCUCUCUGGAUGCAUUUGCAUAAUUACCAUCACUUCCUACUAAACUAGUGUCCUGGGAAACACUUUUUAUUAGUAACCAGUAAUCAAAAGUACAUAUAACUGUUUAUACCCCUACAACAGAGGUGACAAGAGCUCACCUAUACUGUGAAAGUUACAAAACCAUGAAUACCACAAAUAUUAAGGAAUGCUAUUGCGUUGCAAAGAAAAAGCUAAUAAGGGGUGAGAAAACAAAGCCUCAAACGGCAAUGGUAAUUACCUUGGGUUUUGAGGUUUGGUCAUGCAUGUUUACUGAACGUUAUGGUGAUUGGUCACUAGACAAUCAACAUUUUUCAGGUAUUAAUGAUUUUCUGAGUCUGACAGCAAAAUUAUUGAAAACUCUCUCUUUGAGGUACUGACGAUGAUUGAUACCUGAAAUCUUUAGGAGGAUAAACCCUUUUAGCAGAACACUGAAUGGCCCCCAUAAACACCAAAUGACUCAGACGUUUUAUGAUUAGGGUUAGGAAACUCGGGUUCCAUUUUCAGUUAGGGUUGAUAUACGGAGAGAACUGAACUGGAUUUGGAUUCACUCAGUACUGUAUAAAGUUGCCAUGCAUGGAAGCCCAUAGAGGUUUUAUUAGACUGUCAUUUCUCCUGGACAAACCUUGUAAUAUAUGUCUUUUACACUGGGUCGGUAAAAUGAUUAAUAUUGAUUUUUCUCGAAGUAGAUCCUUCGGUUGUCUGACACGUGUUGUACACAAAGCUCAUCGGCAAAAUUAAAACCACGACAUGCGACACCACAAAAGGAAAUAAACAUAGGAAAAAACACAACCAGCUCGAGUGAAAUGAAAUAUAUAUUUUACUCUGCUAACACAACGCAUGAAUGGUUUCGUUUCAAAAAGCGUUUUCAAGUAAGAUAGCAGUUGCAGGGCAUGGAACAAGAUACCUCUUUAGAUUGACUUUUUCCCGCAUUAUAUAGAUCUUCGCGAUAUUGCUUUCCCAGUGUUUGUUCGCCAAACGUAUUGAAAAAAAAACUCACAUAACUCAGACGAUAGUCUGUCGAUUAAUUGUCUCAGUUCUGCAAACCAACAGUGUGUUCAGCCGGUUUCUGUUACUGUCUUCUUCUUUUAACUCCAAAUUAUCAGUGAAUCCAAGUUGAGUGAAGUGGUGCACUUUCAAAACAUCCCAAGGAAGCCACUCUCUGGAGAGAACUCAGGAAGUAAAAUGUUUCCCCCAGUAGAGCGGUGAAGGACAAAAAUCCGUCAUGAGCAUGAGCAGUGAUAUUUGUAACUUCUGCACCUGCGUGACGGGAUGUCAGAAAUGUUCUGACAUCCGGUAACGGCUGCUUCCAGAGCCCCUCGUUUCCCGACCACGUGACCAAGAAACGACGGGUUCUGGGGACGAGAAUGAGUUCCUACUAAGUGACGUUAUUGAUUUACAAAAAGUUACUUUUUUUCAGUUUUAUCCACCUGAUUUGGUAAAUACUAAAACAACUAUCCCCUUCAGGGUCGGUGAACAGCGCUAGAUAUCUACCUCGACGCUUCGCGUCAUAGUUGUAUAGUAACGCCCGUUGCAUAUGUUCUACUUUUAGCUGGACCUGAAGGUACUUACAGAAAAAAAUAAUUUCCACACAGGAUCAACUGGCAGAUAUGUCAAGAGACUUAAAAUCAAGAAGCAGAGCAAAACUUAUUCUGGAAUCGGGUUUUUUAUGGCUUAUUUUGUUGUUUUUAUUCGUUGGAAACUUCAUAACACUCCUGGUUAUGUUGUUAAACCGACGGAUCCGAACAAUUCCAAACAUGUUCGUGGCAUCACUCGCUCUUUCAGAUUUACUCAUAGGAGUUCUAGGCGCGGGUCCUUUAGCCCUUCCUGUAUUGGUGACUUCCAGUGACCCCUUUAAUGAUACCUUUUGCCAGUUCCAAGGGUAUAUAGCUAUAACAUUGGCAGUGGCUUCAAUUUACACAUUGGUCCUGAUGGCAGUGAACCGGUACUAUAGAAUAGUCCAACCGGCAAAAUAUCGUCACUACUUCACAAAGAAGAAAACCACGAUAAUGAUUCUUGUAUCCUGGUUGUCGUCACUAACUGCUCCAUUGCCAUAUUUCUUGAGUGGGCACAAAAUGGUUUUCCAUCCUUUUAAGCUCUUCUGCGUUCCUAAAAUCAUUGCGGUUGUGGGAAUUUCGGGCACAGUGUGUUUGGGGAUUUCAUGUGCCAUCAUUCUUUACUGCUACUUUAGAAUCUUCAAGACAGUUCGCCACCAUAAUAACAACUUUCGUCUCCCUGGCAACCCAGUAAACACGAUAAACGUGGAAGAAGUAAAGGUUGCGCGCACACUAUUUAUAACAGUGGUGUUUUCGUUCUAUGUUGGGCUCCAAUUAUGGUUAUUGUGGACACCAUCCACGAAAAAUGGAUCUUCCCUCGCGAGGCCUACCUAGCAUAUAGUUUUUUGGCCGUUUUCAGCAGUGCUUUGAAUCCUCUAAUAUAUGGUGUGCUUAACAAAAGUUUUCGCAAGUAUUAUCUUAAGGUGUUGUGCUGCAGGUGUUGCCGUUCUCAAGGUGUAGUGGAACCGUUGGCUCUGCAAGGAAGUUAG